AUGGCGUCUAGUGAAGUAACAAAACUGCAGCAGCAUUUAGCCUUAUUAAAAGAAGAAUAUAGCAAGCUACAGAUACAUUGUGCUGAAGUUGAAAGGAAGUAUACUUUGGCUGCAGCUUCGGCCGGAGAUCUUAGUGAAACAAGUUUUGUUGCCCGGUUACUUAUGACUGUAUCGACUUUAUACGGCAGAGAAACUUAUUCAGAUAUAAAUAUUAAACUACAGAGCAAGACUGUUCCUGGCCACAAGUUUGUUUUGAAUGCUCGCUCAGAUGACUGGAAUGAAGCUGCUCUCAAGAAUCUAACAGAACUAGAUUGGUCUAACUUGCCAGAUGAUGUAGGUUCAGCGCUUCUAAAAUGGCUUUACACAGAUGUUGUAGAUCUCUCAAGAGGAGAUGCUUUUGCUUUACAUCUUAUGAAAUGUGCUGCGAAUUUCAAACUUUAUGGACUUGUUGGGAAAUGUGAACAGGCUCUUAUCACGUCAGUUGGAGUCAGGACCUGUGUCAAGUUUUACUCUGCAGCAGAUGAGAUUGGUGCAACUGCCCUCAAGGAACAUUGUUCUGGUUUGAUAUCUACACAUUGGGAUGAUCUCACAGGUGAUGACUUCGCUCACAUGUCCUCCGCGCUGCUGUAUCGCAUGCUGAAGAGUAAAACGGCUCAACCUCUUCACGGCGCUGUGCGGCUGUUGCGGGAGGACGUAGUCUUCUUGUGCCUGGUUGAGAAUCAUGCUAAUAUCUACGUAGCAAAAGAUAGACUGGUGGGUCUGGAUAUAAUU